GUGUUCAUUACAAAUGCCGCCCGAAUCCAUAGAAUACACGAUUCGUUAAUUUCGUGUGUAUAAAAUAACAAUAUAAAUAUGGAUUGAAAUGAACCAAUAUUGAAUAUAAUUUGAAUUUUUAAAUUUAUGGGAGGUUAAAUCUAACUUUAAUUUACUUUUACUGUAUUAACAGACCCUGAUUGUUGUCCACCAGCAGAAAACUCAAUGUCAAGUAGUGCUAACAUCGCUCUAGUUGAUGUUGGUGAAACGAUAAUAUUACAAAGGGAGAUAACUGGGUAUCCUAGACCUUCAAUAGACGUGGAAUCGAUGAUAUCACCAGUAGGAGUUAACCCUAAUAAACAAUAUAUUAAUUAUACACUGAUUAACGCAACUAAACCACAUCAUUAUAAACUUAAUCUUUCUGUAUAUGUUGUUACCGAACAUUAUAUUGGUAAAUACUAUAUUUACUUAAAGAACAAGCAUGGAGGAUUACUGGUCUGUCACACGCUGGCUAACAAUGACGUGAUUAAUACUUCUACUGGAACUACAGCUACCAAUAAUGACGUGAUUAAUACUUCUACUGGAACUACAGCUACCAAUAAUGACCUGAUUAAUACUUCUACUGGAACUACAGCUACCAAUGAUCUUAUUAAUACUUCUACUGGAAUAAUUAUAAUUAUAUGUCUAUUAAUAGCUGUUUUUAUAAUUGGUUUAGUUUUUGUCAAGAUAUAUUAUAACAAGAUUGCUACCAAUACAAGAACCAUUCCUCCAGAACAUCAAUAUGAAGAAGUUGCCAUGCAACAGUUUUCUACAGAUCGUACCACACUAAAUACUAACAGAACACUUUUACGUAACAGAGAAGCUUUAAUUAUUCCUUCAACACAAACAUCUUCCUAUUAUGAACGACCAGUUCAAUUAAUUCCCCACCGACUACUAGAUUAUGAUCAGCAAGAAAAUAUAAACGAUGGGGUCGAAGAUGAUGGUGAUGAUGCUGCUUCUGGUGAGGAUGCUGCUUUUGGUGAGGAUGCUGCUUCUGAUGGUUUUAAUGAUACCAACUCAGCAUGCUUGUUUACACCACAGAAUGGUGACCAUACUACUCCUAAAUACAUCUAUACAGAAACCAGAUCAUUAUCAUAUACAAGGCUUGAUAGACAAACGAUGAACCAAAGACCAAAUUCUUAUCAGGAACUGAACGUACAGGAUAAAUAAGGCAGCCAUCUAAACACCAUUCGUUAGACAUCUCACAUAAUAUAAUAUAU